AUGCUGCGCCUGGGGCUGUGCGCCGCCGCCCUGCUGUGUGUGUGCCGGCCCGGUGCUGUGCGCGCCGACUGCUGGCUCAUCGAGGGCGACAAGGGGUACGUGUGGCUGGCCAUCUGCAGCCAGAACCAGCCGCCCUACGAGACCAUCCCGCAGCACAUCAACAGCACUGUGCACGACCUGCGGCUCAACGAGAACAAGCUCAAGGCUGUGCUCUACUCCUCGCUCAACCGCUUCGGGAACCUCACCGACCUCAACCUCACCAAGAACGAGAUCUCUUACAUCGAGGACGGCGCCUUCCUGGGCCAGUCGAGCCUGCAGGUGCUGCAGCUGGGCUACAACAAGCUCAGCAACCUGACCGAGGGCAUGCUGCGCGGCAUGGGCCGCCUGCAGUUCCUCUUCGUGCAGCACAACCUCAUCGAGGUGGUGACGCCCGCCGCCUUCUCCGAGUGCCCGAGCCUCAUCAGCAUCGACCUGUCCUCCAACCGCCUCAGCCGCCUGGAUGGCGCCACCUUCGCCAGCCUGGCCAGCCUCAUGGUGUGCGAGCUGGCCGGCAACCCCUUCAACUGUGAGUGCGACCUCUUCGGCUUCCUGGCCUGGCUGGUGGUCUUCAACAACGUCACCAAGAACUACGACCGCCUGCAGUGCGAGUCCCCGCGUGAGUUCGCCGGCUACCCGCUGCUGGUGCCCCGGCCCUACCACAGCCUCAACGCCAUCACCGUGCUCCAGGCCAAGUGCCGCAAUGGCUCGCUGCCCGCCCGGCCCGCCAGCCACCCUACGCCCUAUUCCACCGACGCCCAGCGGGAGCCCGACGAGAACUCGGGCUUCAACCCCGACGAGAUCCUCUCGGUGGAGCCGCCGGCCUCGUCCACCACAGAUGCGUCGGCGGGGCCCGCCAUCAAGCUGCACCACGUCACCUUCACCUCGGCCACCCUGGUGGUCAUCAUCCCGCACCCCUACAGCAAGAUGUACGUCCUGGUCCAGUACAACAACAGCUACUUCUCCGACGUCAUGACGCUCAAGAACAAGAAGGAGAUCGUCACACUGGACAAGCUGCGGGCGCACACCGAGUACACCUUCUGUGUGACCUCGCUGCGCAACAGCCGCCGCUUCAACCACACCUGCCUGACCUUCACCACGCGGGACCCCGUCCCUGGCGACCUGGCGCCCAGCACCUCCACCACCACCCACUACAUCAUGACCAUCCUGGGCUGCCUCUUCGGCAUGGUUGUCGUGCUGGGCGCGGUCUACUACUGCUUGCGUAAGCGGCGCGUGCAGGAGGAGAAGCAGAAGUCCGUCAAGGUCAAGAAAACCAUUCUGGAGAUGCGCUAUGGCGCGGACGUGGAUGCCGGCUCUGUGGUCCACGCCGCCCAGAAGCUGGGGGAACCCCCCGUGCUGCCCGUGUCCUGCAUGUCCUCCAUCCCCUCCAUGAUCGGGGAGAAGCUGCCCACCUCCAAGGGGUUGGAGGCCGGGCUGGACACACCCAAGGUGGCCACCAAGGGCAACUAUAUCGAGGUGCGCACGGGCGCGGGCGGGGAUGGCCUGGCCCGGCCGGAGGAUGACCUCCCGGACCUGGAGAACGGCCAGGGCUCGGCCGCUGAGAUCUCCACCAUCGCCAAGGAGGUGGACAAGGUCAACCAGAUCAUUAACAAUUGCAUCGAUGCCCUCAAGCUGGACUCGGCCUCCUUCCUUGGGGGGGGUGGCGGCAGCGGGGACCCCGAGCUGGCCUUCGAGUGCCAGUCCCUCCCCGCGGCCGCCGCCGCCUCCUCAGCCGCCGCCCCGGGGGCGCUGGAGCGCCCCAGCUUCCUCUCACCCCCCUACAAGGAGAGCUCCCACCACCCCCUCCAGCGCCAGCUGAGCGCCGACGCCGCCGUGGCCCGCAAGACCUGCAGCGUGUCGUCCAGCGGCUCCAUCAAGAGCGCCAAGGUCUUCAGCCUGGACGUGUCCGACCACCCGGCUGCCGCGGGGCUGGCCAAGGGCGACUCCAAGUACAUCGAGAAGGGCAGCCCCCUCAACAGCCCGCUGGACCGGCUGCCGCUGGUGCCGGCGGGCGGCGGCGGCGGCGGCGGCGUGCACCACCUGGAGGUGCAGCCCGCCUACCACUGCAGCGAGCACCGGCACAGCUUCCCCGCCCUGUACUACGAGGACGGCGCCGACAGCCUGAGCCAGCGCGCGUCCCUCCUCAAGCCGCUGACCCGCUCCAAGCGGGACUCCACCUACUCGCAGCUCUCGCCCAGACACUACUACUCAGGUUACUCGUCCAGCCCUGAGUACUCAUCCGAGAGCACGCACAAGAUCUGGGAGCGCUUCCGGCCCUACAAGAAGCACCACCGGGAGGAGGUGUACAUGGCUGCCGGCCACGCCCUGCGCAAGAAGGUCCAGUUCGCCAAGGACGAGGACCUGCACGACAUCCUCGAUUACUGGAAGGGGGUCUCGGCCCAGCAGAAGCUGUGACCCUCUCCUUCCCGGUGAG